AUGUGCAGUGGGCCGGCUUUGUUAAAGUGGGCCGUCUUUGAGCGCUCGAGCAUCAAAGAAGUCGAGGUCGCGGAGUCAUUGUUGUUACGCAAGCCUGGACCCUUGACGGAAGUGGCUGGUACGCCGUCACGCAUUCACGUCACCCCACUAAUCCCCGCGCCAAAAAAGUUCAGGCAAGAGUCCGGGUCAUCCAUUGUGCAGCCGUGA